AUGUCUUUCACCGCCCAAUCCGAGGGGAAGAAGACCUCUUCUGUCGAUCUCGAGAAGGGCUGCACUAUUGUGGCACCGGAUUCUGGAGCGGUUCCCGCGAAGACCCAAGGCCACUACAUGCGCAAUCUCCGUCAUCAGAUCUUCACGCUUUACCGCAGGCUCUUUGGUGUUAUCUUCGUCGCCAACAUGAUAGUAUUGGUCGCCCUGUUCAGUCUCGGUCAUCACAACACAGAGCAUCUCGGACUCGUCGUCAUCUCAAAUCUCUUCUGCGCCAUCCUCAUGCGACAAGAAUAUGUCAUCAACACUUUCUUCACCGUGUUUUGUGCAGUACCACGCUCAUGGCCGCUGAGAAUCCGUUGCCUAUGUGCGCAAGUGUACCACAUCGGAGGCCUGCACUCAGGAUGCUCUGUGUCUGGCACCCUAUGGCUGAUCAUAUUCAGUGCCCAAGCAACGAGAGAGGUCAUUGUCGGUGGCCCAGCCUCUCCGUUGACGGUCGCCAUCUCUUACUGCAUCCUAUUCCUUCUUCUCAUUAUCCUUGUCCUGGCGUAUCCACGGUUUCGCCAGGCCUUUCAUAAUCACUUCGAGGCGAGCCACCGCUUUCUCGGUUGGACGGCAACCGCCCUCUUGUGGGUCCAGGUUGUCUCGCUCAUCAACGAUUACCGGCCACCGUCAAUGUCAUUGGGAAAUGCACUCGUUCAGUCAGCUCCGUUUUGGCUGGCUCUGAUUCUCACACUCUCACUCAUGAUACCUUGGAUACGACUUCGAAAGGUGCCAGUCCAGUCGGUGGUGCUCUCGAAGCAUGCGGUACGCAUAUACUUCGAAAACGUCACGCCUAUCCCGGGUUGUGCUACGCACAUAUCGGACAAUCCACUUUUGGAAUGGCACAGCUUUGCUGCCGUGCGCGAACUGGGCAAGACUGGUCACUCGCUUGUCGUCUCGCGGGCGGGAGAUUGGACAGCGAAACAGAUUGAACAUCCUCCCACGCACCUCUGGGUGCGUGGUAUUCCGACUUGCGGCGUCUUGCGGAUCCUCCCUCUCUUUCGGCGCGUUGUACUUGUCGCCACCGGGAGCGGGAUCGGGCCAUGCGCGUCAUGUCUAUUCGCACAGGACGUGGAGAUACAGCUACUAUGGACUUCGCCGGACGUCAGACGUACAUUUGGAGACGAUCUCGUGGACUCAAUGCUGGAAAGCUCGCCAGGUGCCGUCAUACACGAUACACGCGCUCAUGGGAGACCUGACAUGGUUAAGCUAACGUACGGCCUCGUGCGCGACUUUAACGCUGAAGCCGUAUGCGUCAUCUCGAACCAGAAGCUCACGCAAAAGCUCGUUUACGGGAUGAGGAGUCGCGGAAUACCAGCAUUCGGGCCGAUAUGGGACUCCUAA